AUGCCAGCCAACAACAUCGGCAGGGCGAGAAAAUUCUCAUUAUUCACCCAAUUACCAGUGGAACUCCAGGACUACAUAUGGGACAUCGCAGCACAACCGUUCUCUGGCAAUGGGCAGCUGCAUACAUUCUUCGCAGCUGAUCAUUAUUGCAAGCAGGAUACAGAGGCCUUACGAGUCGGCAGUGAUCCCCUGCUGUUUGGCCCUGGAGGAACUGUGAAGAAGACAUCGUUCAAUCUGCUUGUGCCAUGGGACGACUCAGACGGCCAUUCCAACACCUCCGCAUACAACGCAAUCCGCGGGCUGUGGACAGCCUGUCGGGCAUCUCGCAAGGCUCUUGAGCGCCAACGUCCAAAGAACGAGUGGUGGUCGGAUAUUCCAGGACCAGAGUCAGAAUGUCCUCGUAAUGCUGGGCCGGGCGAAUAUCUAGGCCAUCCAAACGCCUCACACACUGCUUCGUAUAUCGAUCGAGAAGACAACGUCAACCACAUCACAAUAUGGCCGGAGAAAGAUGUAGUCCAUCUCGCUAUUCCCCCUGGACGUGACCUAGUCGAUUGGUUCUACCACUAUGCCGGUGAUCAUGUCCCCCUGCUAGAUGAGAGAUACACAGCAAAAGAUUCAGAGGCCCGCCCAAGCUUUGUGGGCAUGAACGUCGCGCUUGACUUUGAGCCAAAGUGGUUCACUUGGCCCCCGGCCUAUCUUGCUGAUACCCUUGAGGUAUUCCACUAUAAUACAGGGCGACAGGUGUGGUUUAUCGACCGCCGACUGCGGCGACGUCAGCCAGUUUGCGAUUGGCCUGGUGAUUUGCAGACAUUCUACUCCUGUGGCUACAUCUUCACUGAAGUUCGCGAGAGUCAGCAACGCUUGUGGGAGAUGGAAGGCGAGUCCCCCGGUCCGUCUAUCUUUCAAUUCUUUGGUCUCAUGACACGAGAACACGACCGUCUAGAGAUAAAUGGGUCUAUAAGACUGGGAGUCCUGGCACGCGAACCAGAUCCCAGAUGGUAG